AUGGCUUUCCGACUUCCUGUACGAUGCCGAUUGGCGUCCAUCGCCGCCGCGUCUCGCCCUCGGAUCGCCUACCGGGCCCUCUCUUCGCUCCCCAACGCCGACCCCUCGCCCGAGUCCAAAAGCGCCGCCAUCGUCAACGAGCACGCUCCCUACAUGGUCGCUACAUACGCCCGUCCUCCGCCCGUGUUUGUCAAGGGCGAGGGAUCGUGGCUUUGGGAUGUAGAGGAUCGCAAGUUUUUGGAUUUCACCGCCGGUAUCGCUGUCAAUGGCCUCGGACACUGCGAUCCCGAGUUUACCAGGCUCUUGGCCGAGCAGGCCAAGACUCUCGUUCACGCUUCCAACCUCUACUACAACCCCUGGACCGGCGCCCUCUCCAAGCUCCUUGUCGAAAAGACCCUCGAGUCGGGCGCCAUGCACAACGCUGCCUCCGUCUUUGUCUGCAACUCUGGCUCCGAGGCCAACGAGGCCGCCAUCAAGUUUGCCCGCAAGGCCGGCAAGAUUACAGACCCCUCUGGCGAAAAGGUCGAGAUCGUCUCCUUCAACAACGGCUUCCACGGCCGUACCAUGGGCAGUCUCUCCGCUACGCCCAACCCCAAAUACCAGAAGCCGUUUGCGCCCAUGGUUCCUGGGUUCAAGGUUGGAAACUAUAAUGAUGUUUCGGGUAUUAAUGACCUUGUUACUGAAAAGACGUGCGGUGUCAUUGUUGAGCCUAUUCAGGGUGAGGGUGGUGUUACCCCCGCGACUGAAGAGUUCCUCGUUGCCCUCGCCAAGCGUUGCCGUGAAGUCGGCGCCGUGCUCAUCUACGACGAGAUUCAGUGUGGUCUCGGCCGAACGGGUACUUUCUGGGCUCACGGCACUCUUCCUAAGGAGGCUCACCCGGAUAUCCUCACUACUGCCAAGGCUCUUGGUAACGGAUUCCCCAUCGGAGCGGUGCUCGUAACGCAGGACGUGGCCGAUAAGAUGAAGGUGGGCGACCACGGAACCACCUUUGGCGGUAACCCUCUCGCCUGCCGACUGGCGCACUACAUCGUCGGACGUCUCUCCGACAAGCAGCUCCAGGCCUCGGUGACAGCCAAGUCUGAGGUGUUCCGACAGCGUUUCACCAAGUUGCAGGAGAAGUACCCAGAGCUAGUCAAGGAGGUCCGCGGCCGAGGUCUCAUCCUCGGUCUUCAACUCUCUGAGGAUCCCACGCCCAUCAUCAAGGCUGCUCGCGAGAGGGGCCUGCUCAUCAUCACAGCCGGCACAAACACUCUUCGAUUCGUGCCGAGCUUGACUGUCACAGAUGAGGAGAUUGCCCAGGGUCUGGAUAUCCUCGAGGCUGCCAUUGAGGCGACCCGGUAA